AUGACAGACAGGGCCACUCAGAAUUCAAUAAAUACAAACCAGAACUCAAACUCAAGCUUCAACCAAGACGUUGAGAAGGGCGAUGUUGAAGCCCAGGGCGCUCCAGCCCAGCCGACAUUCACCAAUUCAACGUUUCGUCACGAUGAUCAGAAUAUCUAUAUCAACGAUACUGCCAUUCCAAAAGAAGAGUUCAUGUACGCUUUUGGGGGUACCUUAACCACUGGUCGUCAGUCUGUGCAUCGCAGCUUUGGCAACCCUGUACCCGCUGGACUUGCAGGAUUCUCCUUAGGAACUUUUGCCCUGGGUCUAAUUCUUCUUCAGGCCAGAGGCGUAACGGACGUUAGCAUUCUCAUUGGAAUGUUCCUUUUUGUUUCAGGAGUAGUUGAAAUAAUUGCUGGUAUUUGGUGUAUCGUGGUGGAAAAUACCUGGGCCAGUGUAGUAUUUCUGGGCUAUGGUUCUUUCUGGCUUGGAUAUGCUGCAAUUGUAACUCCGGCAUUUGGUGUUGCUGCUGCCUAUGAAACAGCUGAAGAUUUCAACAAUGCCGUUGGAAUGUACCUAUGCCCUUGGGCAGUCUUCAGUUUUAUUCUCUGGAGUUGUACUUGGAAAUCGACCUGGCCGCUCACCGCCUUAGUCUUCUGCAUUUUUAUGAUAUUUCUAGUAUUGACAAUUGGGUAUUUUGUUAGCUCGGUGCCAACAAUUAAAGCUGGAGGAGUCUUUUGUUUCGUGGGUAGUCUCUUGGGAUUUUACAACAUGUAUGCAGGUUUGGCUAAUCCAACCAACAGUUAUGUUGUUGUCCAUCCUCUAUUCAUGCCUAAUGCAGCCAAGCCAGCUAGUUAA